GGUUCAUUUAGGUACUCCACAAUAUCAUAUAAAUGUUGCUCUCUUAAGUUACAAAUAGAAUAGACUCUGCCUUAUAAUUGUUGUUGUGUUAUUUUUUAUUACGAUGGCUUUGCUCGAAUUCGGUUUAUUAUUGGUGACUUUGGUGAUUCUAGUUUGGUUUUAUUUUAAACAAUCGUAUUCGUAUUGGAAGAAGAAGAAAAUUCCUUAUAUGGAACCAGUUUUCCCCUACGGAAAUCUUGAUAGCCUUUUACCCCGAGGAAUAUCUAUAGGCAUUCAAAGCAAGAAGUACUUCGACGAGUUCAAGAAACGUAACCUCAAAUAUGGCGGAGUGUACGCGAUAGCGGCGCCGAUGCUGGUGGUGAACGACGUGGACAUCAUCAAAGACAUUCUGAUAAAAGACUUCAGCUACUUUUCCGACAGGGGAAUCUACCACAACCAGAAGAGCGAUAAAAUGUCGGUGAGCUUGUUUUCUCAGGACGGGCAGAAAUGGAAAACAUUGCGCACCAAGUUCACGCCUACUUUCACUUCGGGAAAAAUGAAGGUUAUGUUCGAUGCUAUGAGCAGCAACGCCAAAAACAUGCUCGGUUUUCUUGAUGGCCUUGAAAAUAAGGAGGCGGUGAAUAUAAAGUAUUUGACGCAGGGUUACACGAUCGAUGUGAUUGGCAACACUGUUUUUGGGUUGGAGUGCAAUAGCUUCAAAACGCCGGACACUAUGUUCAGGAAAAUGGCUAGAAGGAUUUUCGAGGUCGAUUUUGUAGCAGCAGCUAACCUUUGUUUGGCGAUAUACUACCCCAAUUUGGCCAAGAAAUUAGGCGCGUACAUCACCAAUAAAGACGUCGACGAGUUCUUCACCACCAUGGUGAAAGAAAACGUUCACUACAGGGAAAGCAACAACAUCAGGAGGCCGGAUUUCUUCCAGUCUUUGAUCGAUUUGAAGAAUCUUGGAAACGCUGAAGAAAGCAUCGAUAUCGAUGAAGUCGCUUCUCAGACUUUCUUGUUCUUCACUGCCGGCUUCGAAACGUCAUCCUCGACGAUUAUGUUUUGUUUGUACGAGUUGGCGAGGAAUCAGGAGAUUCAGGAGAAAGUGAGGGAGGAUGUCAGAAAAGUGGUGCAGAAACAUGAUGGAGAAAUUACGUACGAUGGUAUCAAAGAGAUGAAGUAUUUGGGGCAAGUUCUAGACGAAACUCUAAGGAUGUAUCCUUUGGUCUCGACUUUGACGCGUGUAUGCACAAAAAAUUACCAAAUACACGGCACCGACGACGUCAUAGAAAAAGGCACCAAAAUUCUUAUUCCAGUCGCUGGCAUCCACAAAGACCCGGACCUAUGGGUCAACCCUCAAGAAUUUGAUCCUGAAAGAUUCAACGACGAAAACAAACAAAAUAUACAUCCAUGCGCGUAUUUGCCGUUUGGAGAGGGGCCCAGAAAUUGCAUAGGAAUGAGAUUUGGAUUGCUGCAAACCAAAACUGGAAUUGCCACACUUUUGUCGAAUUAUAGAUUUCAUUUGAGCCCUAAAACGAAGCAACCCUUGAAGUUUCAACCUGAAACCUUCGUCCUAUUUACUACAGAUGAUGUGGUACUAAAAGUAGAAAAAUUGUAACUUAUUAUUAUUGUUUCUUAUGUAAGAUA